ACUACUAUAUAAUUCGUCAUACAACCUUUGUUACGUUUUCAAUGGAACAGUUAAAGCUUGUAAGAAAAUAUUUGAAGAUAAAAAUUUUGGGAGACAAUAUUACUUUUCGAGAUCAUCAUACCGAAAGAAAACAUGUUUACGAUAUAAUUACAAAAACAAUAUUACAUGGAGAAUCUCACUCGGCGCUCAUUAUUGGCCCAAGAGGAUGCGGCAAAACAACACUCUUCAAUUCAGUCCUCAACCAGGUUUCAAAGGAGGUUGAUCUUGUAAAUGAUGCUAUACUAGUAAAGUUGAACGGCCUGAUACACAACGAUGAUAAAAUAGCUCUUAAGUCCAUCACAGCACAGAUGCAGCUUGAAAAUGUUGUUGGUGACCGUGUGUUUGGAACAUUUGCGGAGAAUCUCAGUUUCCUUCUGAGUUGCUUGAUGAGCGGUGCAGACAGAAGAUGCAAGAGCAUGGUGUUUAUAUUGGAGGAGUUUGACAUGUUCUGUCACAGCGGCAGGACACAGACUCUGCUGUAUAAUCUGUUUGAUAUCACACACAGCAAGCAGGCACCCAUGUGUGUUCUUGGUAUAACAAACAGAAUAGAUGUGAUGGAAAUGUUAGAGAAACGAGUGAAGUCCAGGUUCUCACAUCGGCACAUCUUCAUAUUCCCCAAUGAACAUCCAGCUGGUGAGGAGAAAACACCAUUACAGACUUGCACAGAAGUGUUUGUACAGUGCCUCAGUAUGCCAAUUAGUGUUGCCAGUAGAAAGGUCAAGUCCCCAAGAAAAAGAAAAAAUAGGAAGUCUGUUGCUGUUGAAGACAUGGAUACAGAUGUUAAUGACAAAACAUUAGAGUAUUCUAUACCACAGGAAGUAUUCACUACAUGUAAUAUAGACUCCACACAGUUUCAAGAGUUGGACGCCAGUUAUAUAGAAGAAUGGAAUGCUCAUAUACAGAGCUUAGUUGAAAAUGAGCAUGUUGUAGAUGCUUUAGAGAAGUUCUGUUAUUAUACAGUCAAUGAACAAAUAUUUAAGGAUGUGCUAUUCCAGCUAGUAUCAAAGCUAUCGCCAAAGAAGCCUUUCAUAGAUGUGUCAGGCAUAACUACGAUAGUUGACCACACCGUUGCUGGGGAGCAGAGAGUCAAGAUGCUACAGUCACUCUCUAUCUUAGAGUUGAGCUUGGUCAUCGCGAUGAUACACGGCCAAGACAUUUUCGAUGGACAGCCAAUGAACUUCGAAAUGGUUUUACAUAGGUAUACAAAAUUCGCCAACACCAACUCGUCGACCCAAACCGUGCCGCGGCCAGUGAUUCUCAAAGCGUUUGAGCACCUGCAGAGCUUAGAAAUCAUCAUGCCAGUAAAAUCUGACUCGCACGGCACAGACACAACUAGUACAGUGCAGAAGGAAUACAAGUUGUAUACCCUGGCGGUACCCACAGAAGAUGUAAAAGAAGCAUUAAAAGGCUUCAAGGCUCUGCCAACUGAAAUAAGCCACUGGUUCAACAAUGCUAUAGAAUAAAUAACCAGAAAUAAGUGUGUGUGCUGGCAACACUUGAGUCAGUAAGUCCGAGUUUUCUUCUAUUUAU